GUAGCCAAUGAGAGGCGGCGGAGGCUCAGUGGGCGGUGACUUGAGGCGGAGGACGGAAGCAGGAAGUGGCCGGCGGGGUCCGGUGGUGGCGGCGCCAUGGGGGCGGUGCUGGGGGUCUGCUCGUUGGCCAGCUGGAUUCCCUGUCUGUGUGGCGGUGCCUCCUGCCUGCUGUGCCGAUGUUGUCCCAACAGCAAGAACUCCACCGUGACCCGCCUCAUCUAUGCCCUUCUGCUCUUCCUCAGCACGGCUGUUGCCUGCAUUAUGCUGGCACCGGGGAUGGAGGAACAGCUGAAGAAGGUACCUGGAUUUUGUGAUGAAGGGUUUCAUACUCGGAUCCCACAUCUGGAUGGCUUUGUCAGCUGUGAUGUAUUUGUUGGAUACAGAGCUGUCUACCGAAUCAGCUUUGCCAUGGCGGUGUUUUUCUUUGUCUUCUCUCUGCUCAUGAUAGCAGUGAAAACAAGUAAUGAUCCGAGAGCUGCAGUGCACAAUGGGUUCUGGUUCUUCAAAAUAGCUGCCAUUGUGGGCAUCAUGGUUGGAGCAUUUUACAUUCCUGAAGGGCAUUUCACAAGAGCUUGGUUUGUUAUUGGUGUUUGUGGAGCCUUCUGCUUCAUCAUUAUCCAGCUGGUGUUUCUUGUGGACUUUGCUCACUCCUGGAAUGAGAGCUGGGUUGAAAGAAUGGAGGAGGGAAAUUCUAAGUGUUGGUAUGCAGCUCUGCUGGCCUGUACAAGCUUGUUCUAUGGCUUGUCAGUGGUUUUUAUUGUGCUCUUUUAUGUUUUCUAUACAACACCUGAGGACUGCACUGAAAACAAAUUCUUCAUAAGCUUUAAUAUGAUCCUGUGCCUUGCUGUAUCUAUUGUUUCCAUCCUUCCAAAAGUUCAGGAACAUCAACCUCGAUCUGGCCUCCUCCAGUCCUCCAUUAUUACUCUUUACACCAUGUAUCUCACUUGGUCAGCCAUGUCCAAUGAGCCUGAACGGAACUGUAACCCAAAUUUGCUGAACAUCAUUACUCAGAUAGCUGCGCCUACGAUUGCUCCAGCAAAUACUACUGUCAUACCUGCUACUCCAGCUCCACCCAAGUCCCUGCAGUGGUGGGAUGCCCAGAGUAUUGUUGGAUUGGCUAUAUUUGUCUUUUGCCUCCUGUAUUCCAGCAUUCGCUCUUCAAGUAACAGCCAAGUGAACAAACUGACGCUGUCUGUGAGUGACAGUGCCAUUCUGGAGGAGGCUGGGGGAACAGGCAGCGGGACUGCAGAGGAUGGAGACGUGCGCCGUGUAAUGGAUAACGAGAAAGAUGGUGUUCAGUACAACUAUGCCUUCUUUCACUUCAUGCUCUCGCUUGCCUCUCUUUACAUCAUGAUGACACUCACAAACUGGUACAGCCCUGAUGCGGAUUUUAAAACAAUGACAAGUAAGUGGCCAGCUGUGUGGGUGAAGAUAACUUCCAGCUGGGUUUGCCUCCUUUUCUACGUUUGGACCCUGGUGGCUCCCAUUAUCUUUACUAACAGAGACUUCAGUUAAAUAGCUGCAUCUGUCUGAGCUUACAGAGGUUGGGAAUUCUUUGCUUAAAGCCAAAAUGUUUAUGUAUUGCUUUAGUUAUUAAGGCAAAUACUGUCUUUUCUUAUGUCAAUAUAUUAACAUGCAGGUGGAUGCACAGUUAAGUAUUGCACAAUGCUUGCUGCAGGAUCAAAAUUCUCAGUUACCUUUUUAUUUUAACCUUAAGUCAUGGUUAUCUUAUUACUGCAUUUAUAAAACUCACUACUGCAGUGCUGCCAAAGCACAAAAGAAAACUUAUGACCAGUAGCCCCAACCUUAGUGUUAAACAAAGUAAAUUUUAUCUAAAUAUGAAGUAAUAUAUUUUAAAGAACAAAUUAUGUUGGGCAUAGUGCACUGCUGCUAACGCUUCUUCCUUGAGGCGUAAGCCACACUAAUUUCUACAUUCCACUACUAAAGUUUAUUUCAAGUAGUUUAUUUAAAUGAUGCUUACCUUCCUGUGGUGUGGCAGAAACCCCUCACUCCCCACCAAAACAACAGGCCUUUGAGCUGAAAAGCUGUUAACUCGUUAUUCCUUUAAGCACAAGUUUGCCCUUUCUAAGAGGCAAUUUCUAUGAUAACCUUUUUGGUUGUAUGUUUGCCAAAUAGUAAGCAGUAUAAUAGUAAGUAAGACUAGUUCAUACAUCUUCGUGAUUAUGGUGGAAAAAUAGAGUUUCUAAUUAAUUUUCACUUGUCUAACAUGCUUAUAAAAGUGUAUAUGGAAUGAAUAUUAUUGGCACUAUGGUAUUUGCACUGUAAACUCGUUGAAUAAAAUGGACUAACUACUGGAA